AAUGGAGCUGUCAAAGGUAUCGUCCUUUCAUCGAGGAUGGGACGAAGUAUCUCGGCGUUCAUGGGAAUUCCGUACGCUCAGCCACCUCUGGGAAAGCUUCGCUUCCAACGACCGGUGCCGAUCAGUCGCAAAGGAGGUGUCUUCGACGCUAGACAAGCGCGGCCCGGAUGUCUUCAGCUGGAUCUGAAGUAUUCUGAAGUGGUGGACAUCGAUAAUAGUGACACUGUGGAAGACUGUCUGCACUUGAACGUUUUCGCGCCCCGAAGAUCCGAUAGCGCAGAAGACUACGAGGACGAGGCACCUAAGCAGGACGUCAAGCUUCCCGUGUUUGUGUUCCUCUACGGAGGUGUGUACGUUUGGGGAGAAAACCAACUCGCGCUCUACGACGGGGUCGAGUUCGCAGCCGAAGCGGACGCCAUCUAUGUGGUCGUGAACUACAGAUUGAACAUCUUCGGCUUUCUGAAAUCGCCCGACGAUCGGAUACCGGGAAACGUGGGGCUCUGGGACCAGCUCGAGGCUCUGAAAUGGGUGCGCGAAAACAUCGCAAGUUUCGGUGGAGAUCCAGAAAUGGUGACGCUUGGUGGUCAGAGUGCCGGCGCCUUCUCAGCGGCGAUUCAUACCUACUCGCCAUUGUCGAGGGGGUUGUUUAAACGAGCGUUUCUGAUGAGCGGCUCCUCGUUCUCUCUGAAGUUCUUGCAGAGAACCUCGACCGAUGACCUAUUCGGAACGGUCGCCAACACUCUGUCAUGCCUCGACGGAGUCGAUCCUGUCGAUUGCUUGACAACGAGAAACCUCACGCGGAACAGCCUCAAGAGCAUCGAAAACGAGCUCCGGACACGUUUUAUGAACCUCGUCCCGAGCUCCGUGGACCAGCUCAUGGAUCAUCCCGUAGACGAGCUGCAUCGCAAUAAGUACCACAUUAAAGAAGUUAUGCUCGGGAUAACUCUGCGUGAAGGCGACUUUUUCAUCAACAACUUCGGUCGGAGGCUACCCUUCUUCAGCGAUCUCCUCGGACAGACCCCGCAGGCGGCGAUACGCCUGGCGAUGAAGGUACUGUUCGGCAUUGGGAUACGAGAAUCCGCCGAAAUAUACAAUGCCUACUUCGCGGACUCCGCCACAGGAGAAUUCUCGAGCCACGAACUCGUACGUAAAGUCAGUGACAUCGUCGGACACUGUGUGUUCGAUUGCCCGACGGAAAUUUUCGCAAGGCAUGCGGCGGCGUCGGGCGUGAAAGUUCGACAUUACGUCUAUGCUCAUCAACCCUCGGUGAAAAUAAACCUGAACACCGGCAACGAACCGACCCACAUCGACGACAUCCCCUUCAUGCUCGGAUCGAUAAACUCGGUGGCUGAGAAUAGUCGAACGCUCCGAAUGAAACUGCCUAAAUUCUUCCUCGAUGCCCAAAAGAAAUUCUCUCCCGAAGAACACCACUUUUCCAGAGUCGUCAUCAGACAAAUCGCUAAUUUCAUGCGAUCUGGAAAGCCAAGAAUCCCAGGAAGUGAUCGAGAGUGGCCACUGUACACCAAGGCUAAUCCCGCAAUCGUAUACAUGGCACCCAACAACUUCACCGUUGUCAAAGGACCAAAAUCAGACAAAUGUAGCCUCUGGGAACCAUACAUCGUGUCCAGUUCCCCGGAUACAACGACUUCCACCGAACCUCAAGCUCCGAAGACUACGACAGAAUCAAUCGAAGAAAACGUUAUCAGGCGAGGGAAGGUCCUACGGCGCACCCAGGGCCGAAACUCGUCCGAUACCGUUACGGCGCAAGCCUCAAUCUUGCUACUGUUUUGUUCCUUAGCUUAUUUCCAUUUGGCUGUAUCUGUUCGCACGUGAGCGACACGAGGGAGGAAACGAACAUAUGAUCAACUCCGAGCCAGAAACGACUUCACGUAUCAUGCCUCAAGAAUCGAUAUUGCUUGCUUAUGAUGCUUGUGGACGACAGUAUUA